GUGCUCGUCAACUUGGGAAGUUCAAUCCAAGCUCUGCUCAGUAUACACGUUGUGCCAUGAUGUCGCGGCAUCACUUCUUUCUCUCAUUCCGGUCAUUCAUACUAUUCGAGCCAGCACUUCGUAGGAGCUGCCAGCAAAGGACCUUCUCCGCCUCCCCCAGAAUCCGUUCAGUCGAAGCCUCCAGGCCUGCACCGCAGACUCCCGCUCAGAAGCAGUUUCCCCAUCGUCUUCCAGAAGGCCGUGGCGAUGAGGAAUUUGAACCGAAAAUGCUGGGCCGGCCAAUUGGCUUCAAGCAUCCUCCUAAGGCUGGAGAUAACUCGGGCAAAGAUACCAGGUCUUUGAGCAAGAAGCGAGAAGAUUUUGUAGAUUACGACAAGCAUAUUGAAAAGAGGAAGGACUUGCAAGGUCAAUUGUUACGACCAUACUUUAUGGACCAUCGCAAUAUGAAAUAUCAGCGCGGGAAAGCGUGGAUUGGAAAUGCAAGGCUGUUCAAGGCUAAAUUCGCAUUAUACUUUCCGAACUUUCACGGAUUUACACUCGAAUCGUCUUCCCCUACGGACACGACGACGGUUCUCAAUGGCAAGGUCUCCAUAGUCAGCGUUUACUCCAGCCAAUGGGGAUCGAACCAGGUUGAAACUUUCGUUGGAAAGAAAGAGAAUCCCGCUGUAGAAGCUGCUCUGGCUGCAUAUCCGGGCGUGGCGCAACGAGUGGAUAUCAACGUAGAAGAGAAUUGGCUCAAACAGAUGCUUCUUUGGUUGUUCAAGCCAAAUUUGCGUAAAGUGACGCCAAAGGACCGACAUGGCAAGUACUUCAUUGUCACUAAGGGCGUAUCAAACGAGAUACGAGAGACGAUUGGACUGAUCGCGAACGCAAAAGUCGGCUACGUCUACUUGGUGGACGAGAAGUGCCGUAUUCGAUGGGCAGCGUGCGCCGAUGCCUCAGAGAAGGAAAAACGCACGUUAUCCGAAGGCGUGCAUUGGUUGGUCGAUGAGAGGAACAAACCAUUAAUCAGCUCAGCUACUCAAGCCGAUAGCCUUCAAUCAUGAUAGUUCCCUACCGAUCGUAUGUAAACUAUGUAUAAAAAGGACUAUAUAUACAACUAUACCCAGUUCCACACC